AUGGACUCUAAUAAAAACAGAUCUUUAAUUGCUGUAAUUGGCGACGAAGAUACAAUUACAGGCAUGCUAUUGGCUGGUACGGGUCAAGUAUCGAGUGAAGUAGGUAAAGAAAAGAAUUUUUUGGUUUGCAAUGACAACACAAAAGAAGAUGAGCUUCAGUCCUACUUUAACCAGUUCGUCCAAAGGGAUGAUAUUGCUAUUUUAUUGAUCAAUCAACACAUUGCCGAGAAAAUCAGACUGUCAAUAGAUACGUUUACCGAUCCAUUUCCCGCUAUAUUGGAGAUCCCUUCCAAAGACCAUCCUUAUGACCCGGAUAAAGAUUCCGUUCUUAGACGAGUGAGAAGGCUAUUCGGGGAAUGA